AUGGCAUCUGCAUUUCCUAAAUUGCCAGGAUUUGUACCCACUUAAGAGAUAGAUGUAAGAUAGUUAAUUAAUUAUUAGAAACCUAAUUUUAGAAAAGUGUCUUCAAAUAAAUAAGAAAAAAAUAGAGAAGUGAAUCAUCUUCCAAACAAGGAAUAUGUAGUACCCCGUAAAUAACCAAUUCAAAUACCUCCUUAAUCAGGAAUGUUUAAUCCUGAUUAUAUGAGUACAACUCAUGCUAUGCAUUUACCUAAAGUAUUAAAAACUGUUACACUCUUAGAAUGUUACUAAUGAUUCUGAAGAAUUGUAUUAACCAUCUUGGGUUAAGAUGGAUAGACAUGUCUUAAGAUUCAGUGGUUAUUUUAAAGAAGCUGUUGUAGAAUCAGCACUUGAAAAUUAUAGAAUUCGCAAAAUAACAAUCUGUUAUUAUCUUGAAGAUCAUUCAUUAAGUAUAACAGAACCAAAAUAAGAAAAUAGUGGGGUACCUUAAGGAGCAUUCUUAAAAAGAUAGAAAGUAUACAAAUGCAAUAAUCUACAUAGGUUUUACGUGCUGAUGAUUCUAAAACCUUUAUUCUACCUGAAGAUUUUAAAAUUAAUUAAGACAUUAUAAUAUAUGGUAAAACUAUUCGACUCUAUGAUUGUGAUUAAUACACAAGAGAAUUUUAUGAAGUACAUCUAUCAUUUCAUACAUUUCUUAGUUAUAAGGAAUUCCUUAACAAUCUUCUUUUGUACCAUAACCUGAUUUCUUUGAAACUAAAACUAUGACUAAAUUCAUUCCUUAAAAAGAUACUGUUAUGAAAGAUUAUUUAGAACAUAAAUUAGGAGGUGGUAGAGUUACAUCCUAAAAAUAAUUCUUAGAAAAUGAUAGAAAGGUUCUUAAAUUCUAUGUUUUCUCUGAUAUCGAAUACAUUCUACAUUACUAUCUUGCUGAUGAUACUAUUGAAAUCAAAGAAAUUAAUUCUGCUAAUUCAGGAAGAGUUCCAUUCCCAAUGAUGUUGAGAAGAUAGAAAUUACCAAGGAAAUUCUCACUCAAUCAACCUGGAUAAACUUAUGCUGAAGAUUUUAUAAGACCAUAAGAUAUUUAAUUUGGAUAACCAUUAAUCAUUUAUAAUCGUAAAUUUCUCAUCAAUGGAUGUGAUCAAUUUACAAGAUAAUACUAUUUUGAUAAAUUUAAUGUAGACUUCCCUUUAGGAGGAUAAGAAGAAUAUAUCUAAUAAGAAAGAUCAAGUAUUUAUUCUUAUUAUAUUAUAUAGAUAUUAUUAUACCUCCACAUAAUGGAAUUGGUGAUGAAUAGGAUUCCCUUGGAUAUAUAUAUAGACUAUAACCUAAACCACCAAAGAAAGAUUUCUUUAAAUGGGUUGAUAAUCAAGUUAAUCUCAGAUUUCUUGCUAUGUUUAAUACAAAUAAACCUGAAGAUAAAGAUAGAGUAUUUGUUAUCACUUUCUUUUUGAAUGAUGAUAGUCUUUUAGUCUAUGAACCUACUGUUCGUAAUUCUGGUAUUUUGUAUUUUUUUUAAUUUUAGGAAUACCUGAUGGAAAAUUUUUAGAAAAAAGAAAGUACAAAAAUAUUAACAAUAACAACGAGUUUUUCACUCCAAAAGAUUUAUUAGUUGGAAAUGAAGUUGUUAUAAAUGGUUGGAAAUUUAAUUUACUUGAUUGUGAUGACUUUACAAAGAAAUGGUAUGCUUAAAACUUCAUAUGA